AUGUCACUCUACUGCGCUAUCUCUUGCCGAGCAGGAGCAGUGUUGCCAUUUCGCCAGACACCAACCAGCUCUGAAGGAGCAAAGAAGGCUGCCCGGAAGUCCGGGGUUAAGAAGAAGAGAAGGAGAAAGAAAAGCUACGGCAUGUACAAAGUCAUGAAGCAGGUCCACUCUGACACCGGCGUCUCUUCCAAGGCCAUUUUCAUCAUGAACAGCUUUGGUAAUGACAUCUUCGAGCGUAUCGCGGCCGAAACCGCUCGUCUGAUUCGCCACAACAAACGUUCCACCAUCAGACCGCUGUCCGACUCCUGUCCGAUGUAG